CUCACUGGUGUCCCUAAGAGACCCACGAAAGCGAAAUCUCAUGCAGGAAAUCCACCAGAUGGGUACAUGCAUUGCGGAUGUGAGCUGGAUUUAGUUUUACUAGAAUUUUAUUAUUGGAAGACAGGGAGAAUCUAUUCGCCGACUCUGGAGAUAUGGGAGACGUGGAAAAAUGAGCAGAUGAACCCAAGAGUGCGAGCUUUUGUUUAUGGGGACUGGGAGAAAAAAACGGGGUUGAAGUUGGAAAAGAUGUGGACACGAAAGCCUAAUAAUAACGUUGGU